AUGGCAGAUGCGACGAUCAAGGGCCUAACAGCCUCGACGGAGCAGUUCGAUGGCAGCGAUCUUCGCGUCCUCAUCGUCCACGCCAGAUGGAAUUGGACCGUCAUCGAGCCGCUCGUGCAAGGAGCCGUCAAGUCACUUGCUAGCCAGGGCGUCAAAGAGAGCAAGACAGCCAUCAUGAGCGUCAGCGGAAGCUUUGAGCUGCCGUCGACCGUACAAAUAGCGUUGUCCACGGGAAGGUACGACGUGGCUAUCGCCAUCGGAGUCCUCAUCAAAGGCUCGACUAUGCAUUUCGAGUAUAUCGCAGAAGCGACGACGCAGGCACUCAUGCGGGUCCAGCUCGACGCGCGCAUACCCGUCAUCUUUGGCGUGCUCACCUGCCUGACCGAGGAGCAAGCUCAAGCGAGGGCCGGUCUCACGCCAGGAGGCCACAACCAUGGUCUCGACUGGGGUCUUGCAGCAGUCGAACAAGCCGUCAAAGCCACCCGCAUAGUCGGCACACGCUCACAACAAGCAGGCGCAGCGACUCGCGCGAUAUAG